UAGUUCGUGACUAUUUAUGAAGGAAGCAAGCAUGUGGGUAACUGUGGGUCGUCAAUGAGUUGUCCAGUCGUUCCUGAAGCCUGCAACUACUUGUGGAGUGGAUGUCGAUGCCACAGGUCACCCUAGAAGAAGAGAAGGAGCCAGGAAGAGAGAACGUUUUAGGGGGCGCUCAGCAUCCACACAAUAUAAGAACAAAUGACACCCUUAACUCUAGCCACCUUGGAUUAACCUUAGGACCAUCCUGUAACACACAAGAAACAAGCCCCUCCCCUUCAGGAUUAUUGUCAUUACCAUGGGAAAUGGUCGCAUGCAUAGCCUCACAUUUGCCAGCGCAGUGUGUCAUCAAUGUUCUGCCACAGGUGUGCCGGGCUCUGGGAGAGGUUGGGGAGGACACUUCAGCCUGGCAGCUUCGGGCUCACCGACUCACAGGCCAAAAAACGUCCUUCCCAGUCGGGCCAAGGGACAACUUUGAUUGGCCCACUGCCUGCUUGGAGAUGGAACAGUUGAUGGAGCACUGGGCAGAGCAGGAGAAAUGGGCAGCAAGGCAGUGGGUGGAGCGAGCACAGGGGCGAGAGAUGGUGGAGGACCUGGAGCAAGAUGGAGCUGGCGGUGGAGAAGUUGCAGAAGCAGAUGGAGUAGCUAAUGGAGUGGUGCAUGAAGCUGUGGGAGAGGGGGCGGCGAUGCACCCCGAAGCUGCUGGUCAAGACAAGAGGCCAGAUGAGGGGUGGGUGCCAGAACCAGCUGAGGCUCCUCCUGCAAUACAAAGAGAUGGAGUAGAAAGGAACGAUGCUGCAGCCAGUAUCAGAGAUGAGGGUCAAGAGAAUCACAUAGCUGCUGAUGUUGCUGAUGACGGCCAGAUCAACCAAGAGCGUCCUGAAGCCAUACAUGAAGGUGGGGGCCAGGGGCGUGACGACGAUGACGAAAGGAGCAACCAUCUGCCCGCCGAGUCGCCUGGCCACACCCGGGUCCUGGAGCACAUCACGCUCCCGCCGGGCCACAUCGCCGACGUAAACGCUGUGCUGCUGGUGGGUGGCGAGGGUGCCGUAUGUGUCUCUGGCUCCAGGGACCGCAACGUCAAUCUGUGGGACCUGCGGCAGGGCUCCAGGGGGGCACUGCUGCGUACGCUGGGGGGCCACGGCUCCUUCAGCACGCACCUAGGCUGGGUGUGGAGCCUGGCGGCCAGCGGGCCCCUCUUGGCAUCCGGCUCCUUCGACAGCACCAUCCGGCUAUGGGACCUAGAGGCAGGGGGUGCUGAGUGGGGCCUGAUUCGCGGCCGUGCCGCCGUGCUCUGCCUGUCCUACCAGAUGCACAUGCUGCUUGCUGGGUCACAUGACCAGAAAGUCAGCAUUUAUGACACUAGAGGUCAGUGGCCAAUGUCAGGGGUCUUAAGAAUGUACUGGGUCUUCUUUUCCAUUGGGACAAAAAAAACUCUUUACAUGUGCAAUAUGUCGAACAUGGACCACAUAACUGUAGUAUCCUUGCAGUGUAGUCAUCAUGAGGCUGCGCAGCCAUUGGUCAAGAGCCUUCGUCUCCAUGGUGAUGCUGUGCUGUGCCUAGCCUCGGAUGAGCAGUACAUUGUGUCAGGAAGCAAAGACAAAACGGUGGCUGUGUUUGACUGCAGAGCUAGAAAACUACUGCACAGAGUGCAGCUGCACUCCUACUUUCUGUCGAUGUCAUACAGCGGACAGGAGGUGUGGGCAGGAGAUAACCAUGGACUUGUCCACACCUUCUCCAUGAACAAUGGCUCUUUUAAACCUAUAGCCCAGUUCAACGUAGGCCAUACUUCACUGGUCACUGGUGUUCAUCACUCACCUGGCUCCCUCUACACCUGCUCCUCCGAUCGUACUAUUAAGGUUCACCUACCCUGUGCACCCCCAAAGACUCUGUGCACACUUCACCAUCAAGCAGGAGUGAACGGGUUGAGUGUCGAGGCAGGAGUGUUGGCUAUAGCCUCUGGGGAUAUGAAUGUGGAGGUUUGGAGGCCCAGACAGUGACGGAUCAUGGCAGAGAUUCUUCAAACACUACAAACUCUGUACUUGUCUGCAGCUGUUCAUCAAAUCAGUGGGCUAUCUCGGAAUGUUGUAACAAAACAAUGUGCCAAAGGCACUAUACUGUUAACUUUAAUAUCACGUGUUCAUUAGAUACAUAUAUGUUGUAAACAUAUGUAUUAUUAAAUGUGAAAAGCAUCUGCAUGCUCAAAUCUGUGCAAAAAUCUUUUUAAUUGGCCAGACCUUCAGUGCCUGCUUAUGCAGUCUUUAAAUGAAACCUGGCCAAUUAAAAAGAUUUUGCACAGAUUUAAGGGUGCAGAUGCUUUUUCACAUUUAGUUUCUAUUUUUUCGCUCCAACACCUCAACUAAGUUAGAUACUGGAGGAGCAGUGUCUUCUUUUUUUAUUGUGAAACCUAUUUAUUAUAAAAUAUUUUUCAGACUUUGAAGUUACACAUACAUGUCAAUUGUAAUGUGGUUUAAUCGUAGUUGGACAUUGACUCUUGUUUGAAUGGGAUAUUUAAAAUGGGACUACUGUAGCACAGAUCAGAGCUUCUGUGAAAAAAAAGUGCUCUUAGAAGUCAACAAUGUUAAGUCACAGUCUUUCCAAAGCAUUCCAGCUUCACCUCGGUGGUGCUUUUCUGAGACGCACACUAGUCUGAUGGUACAUAAAGAAAUGACAUGACACAAGUUUCAGAAGCAUUACAAGUGCCAUAUGACCCUCAAUGCAUCCUCUGUCAAGUCAGUCCCUGUGUCCAAAUAGCAUUUCAUUGUGGGGUAGCCUUUUUAAUUGUUUGAGAACCUAAAAAAAUUGAAAGCUUCAUUUGGAUUCUGUUCAUACGACACGGAAAGUGAAUGCCUAAGUUUUAUGAGGUUCAUUUCUGUGAGAGAGCUUGUUUUUCUUUAGUCUUGAUCCUGAAUCUGCAAGUGGUAAUCUCCCUUGUUCCCUAGCUUUUUCCUCUUAUAUGCUUGUGUGCUUGUGUCCACACUACUACACUUCUGAGUCAGCUGUUGCUGCUGGUGUAUGGGAAGGGCGCACACUGCAGGAGGAAAUCAUCAAUUAAAAACAUAAUAAAAAUGAAAACAUGGGGCUUCAGACUUGCGCUAUGCACUCAUUGGGAAUAUCUGUUCCUUUCAAACCUCAAAAAGCAUGUGUGCUGCAGCAUUUAGGAAUUCUUUUUUAAAGUGUGUGUGUAUCUAUCUAUCUAUCUAUCUAUCUAUCUAUCUAUCUAUCUAUCUAUCUAUCUAUCUA